AUGCAGCUGCUCCUACUCCUUGUGGCCUUUCUUCUGGCUCCCAAGGUUGAGGCAGGGAAAAUAAUCAGAGGCCAUGAAGCCAAACCUCAUUCUCGUCCCUUCAUGGCAUUUCUCCAGAUUCAGAAUCCAAAUAAAACCUGUGGGGGGUUCCUAGAACAUAAGGACUUUGUGCUAACAGCAGUUCACUGCAAGGGGAGCUCCAUCAGGGUCAUCCUGGGGACCCACAACAUCAAGGAGCAGGAGAGGACCCAGCAGGUCAUUCCAGUGAGAAAAGCCAUCCACCACUCAGACUAUAAUCCUAAAUAUGUCUUCAACAACAUCAUGUUACUGCAGCUGGAAAAGGCCCACCUGACUGCCCAUGUUAGCCCCCUCAGGCUGCCCAAGAGGAGUGCACAGGUGUGGCCAGGGAUGGUGUGCAGUGUGGCUGGCUGGGGAUGCCUCAGCAUGAACAGCACCUCUGGGGCCUGGAAACUGCAUGAGGUAGAGCUUGAAGUCCAGAGGAACAAGCAAUGCAUCUCAUGCUAUAAACUCUACAACGGCACAACCCAAAUGUGUGUGGGGAACCCGAAAAAGAAGAAGUCUUCUUUUAAGGGAGACUCUGGGGGCCCCCUCUUGUGUAACAUGGCCCAGGGCAUUGUCUCCUUUAGAAAAACAGAUGGGGAACCUCCACGUGUCUACACCAGGAUCUCAAGCUUUUUUCACUGGAUAGAAAGAACAAUGAGAUGCUUCAGCCUGCAGGGACCAGACUGA